AAUAUAGGUUCUCUGAUGUCAUAGAAGAGUUCCUUUAUCUAGUCUUUCCACAUGUUUAUUGAUUCUUCCGUGCUUGAAAUAAGUUUGCCCUGUGCUUUGGUUAGAUUAUUUGAUUUUUGUGAGUAUGUCGUUCCUGUGAAUUUCUUGAGUUUCUUAUGAAUAUGGAAGUCAUCAUGUUUUUUAUUUAAGUCUUCGAUCUUUUCACAUCGUUCUGUUAAAGUUCUUUUCAUGAGCAUUUUUCAGUGCGUCACAAAUGAUAGAAAAAAAGGUAAGUCCGUGAUAAAUACACAUUUAUAAUAUUUAUUCUGACAUGAUCUUUGAGUAAAAUCUGACAGUUGUCACAUUUUAUUUGCAAUUUGGCAUAAAAACAAAUCAAUUGUGUUUAUUGCAUUUAUAAAAUGGUAUUUUCUUUGAUUUGUAUAGUCUUAUAAAUUGUACAGAUUAUAUUCGUAGAUAUAUUAUAUAAUUCGUAAAUAUUUUUUUCGAUUAUAGCGCCAUCUAUCGACAACUGGAAUAAAUGUUAUAAAUAAAAUAAAUGUCUGUAAUCAUAGACGUGCCUUUUUUUCUGUCACAUACAAUUUAAUGCGUUAGAAAGGAAUUGAAAAACUGUGACGCACUGAAAAAUGCUCGUGAAAUGGACUCUAUCCAUUUUUUUUGCAGUUUUUGUUUUUUGUUUGAUGGUUCUGUUUAUUUCUUUGUAUAUUGUUUUGUGCUGUUUACAUUUUCUUCUAUCAUCCAUUAGAUCUAAUAUAAUAGUCCUAUUGUCAGUAACGCAUUUUCUUUAAAUGGGAGCGUUUUUAAUAAUUGCUCCGUGAGCAGUAACUCAUUUUUGUCAAAAAACAAGUUUUCAACAUCCAUUCCAGACUUCUCUUCAGCAAAUAUACCGUUAAAUAACACGAAGACACCAUUAUUGACUAAUAAAAUAGUAGCGCCUCCUUUACCCAAGUUGAUCCCAAACUCCAAUACAGAGGACCUUAUAUCUUUUCCCUCACAGUAUACAUCGAAUUCGCCGCUUUUUGGAAUGUCUCAUUCAAAUAGUAAGAAAAAUCAACCGAAAGUUAAGUUCUCCGAUACCCUGACAGAUUUUAUAGUACCUGAAAUAAAAAGACCACAAAGACCUGCUCCUCCUCCUUCUCAUGUUACAGAUCCUCAGAAGGAAUUGGCCGAUAGUCUGCCAUUGUGUCACCCGAACGAAGAUUAUCUAAAAGAUUUUACGCCUGUCAAGAAGGAGGACACUGAUGGAGAUGGUGACAGUGAGCAACCCAAAAGUAAGGUUAUACAUUUUGGGGUCGUAUGAUUUUAUACGGAUUGUAACGGGUUCUGACAUUUCAUUUGGCCUCAAUUUCGAUAUUUACAUGUUAUAGAGUCGUUCUAACAUCAAUAAAACCUUUUUUGCACCUUUGUGCCAGAGUUUGAAGACAGAACAUUGCUUCUCUUGUCCCCAUGCCUUACCUGAAGCCAAAUUGUUCUUGACUGGUGACCUCGUCACAUCUUCUGUAUAUUUUGUUUUGUUUGAUUCGCAAGUAAAGCUUCAGAAUGUUAUUUUGUCGACUUAGAAUGCGGAAGUCCUGGUAUGAUUUGGCGUUCUUCUUUUUUGGCUGUGGUAUGAAGACGGAUUCCAGCCAACUUUUAGAGAUCGCUACUGCUCUGUAAAUAUUAUUAAACAAGCCAAGGAAAAGGUCUAAGUUUUCCUCGUUGAUUGAUGGAUGCAAAAAACAGCAAACAGAUAUGAAUGCACACACCUAAGGGAGGCUUACAUCCGCCGAUGAAUGGAAUAGCUGUUGAUGGUGAUGAUUGUCAGUAACGCAUUUUCUUUAAAUGGGAGUGUUUUUAAUAGUUGCUCCCUAAGCACUAACUCAUUUUUGUCAAAUAAUAAGUUUUCAACAUCCAUUUCAGACUUCACUUCAGUAAAUAUACCACCGUUAAAUAGCACAAAGAAACCAUUAUCGACUAAUAAAAUAGUAGCGCCUCAGUUACAAAAGUUUAUCCCAAACUCCAAUACAGAGGAU